AUGCCCCAAGCCUUGGCGAUCGCUCUACUGUCUCUCCUAUCACUCGUGCCAUCUGGAUACAGCUACAAGAACAAAUACUUCUCCCAGAGUCUCGAUGCUGAGCCAUCUUUGUCGAUCCUCUACGCACGUGACAAGAAGAGCGAUAAAAUCACCAAUGAAUGCCUAAUGGAGAUGUAUCCUCGCAACUUGUACAAAUACCCAUUGCACAUAGACAGAAACGACGUGCCAUGUAUCAUUCACUGUGUGCUGAAGAAGUUCGGCAUCAUGUCCAAUGAUGGGCAUAUAAGUAUCAAGAACUACUACAGAAGGGUCCAAGCGAUACAUAGAUAUGAUCCUAGGAUCCUGAUCUCCGAUGUUGGCGAAACAUGCGCCCAAAACAUCAACGCUAUGAACCUAGACCAUGAUGUAUGCAAGAAGGCUAAAGUAUUCAACGAUUGCACUCAACUCUACGCCAUAACAUUUAGAGAACCCGAUUCCUGGUCGUAA